AUGGGCAGACUUGAUCGUUUAGAAUUGGAAAAUUUUAAAUCCUAUAAAGGACACCAAACAAUCGGUCCUUUUUAUAAUUUCACUUCAGUGAUUGGACCAAAUGGUGCUGGUAAAUCGAAUCUUAUGGAUGCCAUUUCAUUUGUUUUGGGUAUUAAAUCUACACAACUACGCUCAUCACAGCUUAGAGAGCUUAUCUAUAAAGGCCGUGCAAUGUACGAUGAUGAUGAGCCAGUAGAGGGUAUGGCUAUCGAAGGACGUACAAAUAAUCCUAGAAGGGCUUGGGUAAUGGCUGUAUAUAAAGAUGAUGAUAACAAUGAGAUAAAAUUUACAAGAGUAAUCACAUCAUCUGGAGUUAGUGAAUAUAAAAUUAAUAAUAAAGUAGUUGCAUACACCAAAUAUAAUUCUACAUUAGUACAACAAAACAUAUUAGUAAAAGCUAGAAAUUUUUUGGUUUUUCAGGGUGAUGUAGAAGCUAUUGCAUCUCAAUCUCCCAAAGAUUUAACUAGAUUAAUUGAACAGAUUAGCACCUCAUUGGAAUUAAAGGACGAUUAUGAGCAAUUAAAGAUUCAACAAGAGCGUGCAACAGAAAAUUCUGCUUUUAAUUUUAAUAAGAAACGUGGCAUCAAUUCAGAAAUUCAAGAGUAUCAAAGACAAAAGGCACAAGCACAACAAUUUGAAAAGUUACAAGAUGAGAAGGCACAAAUUUUAGUUGAAUAUCUUUUAUGGAAAUUAUUUCAUAUUGAAGAAAAUAUUAAUGGUCUUAGAGAUGAUAUAUCAAAGAAUAACGAAGGCAUUUGGGAAAAAGAGAAAGAAAAGAAAAAAUAUGAUGAUGAACUGCAAAAGUCUAAAAUGGAACAAGCUCAAAUCCAUAAAGAACAUUUUACUAUGGAUAGAUCUAUCAAGUCAAAGGAGGGAGAGCUAGAAGAAAAACGUCCUAUCCUAUUAACCUUGGAGGAACAAAUAGCUCACUUAAGGAGAAAGUUAAGUAACUUUGAACAAAACUCUGAAAGAGUUAAAAAGGAUUAUUAUAGACAGAAAAAAAGUGUUGAAGAAUUAGAAGCUGAUUUAGAACAAGUUACUAGGGCAGCUGAAAGAUUUGAAAAUUCUUUAAGAGCUGAAGGCAGCAAUGAAAAGAAAAAUGCAAUGCUCAAUCCGGUGGAGAUUGCAGAAUACAAAAAAAAGAGAGAAGAAGCUAACAGAAGAACUGUUAAUGAAAAACAACAACUAGAAAAUGUUCGUAGGCAAGAAAAAACUUGUCGUGAAUAUACCCAUCGCCUUAAAGAAAAGAUGGAAGAUUUAGAGAGACGACGUAAGCAAUUAGAAGAAGAAAAAACUACAUUGACAGACAACAAAGACAAGGUAUCAACAUAUGUUUCAAAAUUAAAUAAAGAUCUUGAUUCUACUAAAAGAGAGCUUAAUGCAGUAAUAACCGAAAAGGUUUCUAUUAGCCAAAAAGAAUCUCAAUAUAAUCAAGAAUUACAAGAUAUUCUUAACAAAUUGACUGUUGCAAGUGUGGAUCAAAGGGAAUCAGAACGUGAGCAAAAAAUGAAAGAAUCUUUGGAAAGUUUAAAACGAGUAUUUUCUGGUGUACAUGGACGUCUUAUUGAUUUAUUUUCGCCUACUCAGCGUAAAUAUAUAGUUCCUGUGUCAAUUAUUCUUGGAAGAAAUAUGGAUGCAAUUAUUUAUAUGAGAGAACAACGACUUGGCCAUGCAACCUUUAUUCCUCUUGACACAAUUGUAGUCAAACCAAUCAAUGACAAAUACAGAAGUUAUGUAAAAGGUGCAAGGUUGGCAAUUGAUGUCAUUACAUAUAAUGAUAAACUUGAUCACGCUUUUCAAUAUGCAUGUGGAAAUACUUUGGUAUGUGAUACAUUAGAAAUCGCAAAACAUAUAUGCUAUGAGAAAAAUCAACAAAUAAAGGCUGUGACACUUGAUGGCACAAUUAUUCAUAAAAGUGGUUUGAUUACUGGUGGACAUAGUGAUGAUAUUUUAUCUGGUGCUAAAAGAGUUACAGAAAAAAAACGAGCUGAUGAUAUUGACGUAUUAAGACAUCAAAGAGAUGAUUUAUUAUCAAAGUUGAAUGAUUUGAGUAAAUUGAAACGUAGAGGAAAUUACGAAGAGCAAAAGAAAAGCGAGAUUUUAGGUCUAGAAUCAAGAAUUUCAUUAUCAAAAGAAGAUCUGAAUGCGAUAAUUAAAAAAUUGGCAGCAGUAGAAGAAGAGUUAAAGUAUAUAGCGAACAGAGUUGAAGAACUGCAACCGAGAUUAAAACAGUUAGAAGCUGAACUUUCAAAUCUUGGUACUCAAAAUUCUCAACUGCAGAAUUCAAUAAAUAUGAUAGAAGAUGGUAUUUUUAGUGAUUUUUGUAGGAAACAUGAUUUUUCUAAUAUUCGUGAAUAUGAACAUCGUCAAUCACAAAUGGCACAAGAGAUAGCAGAGAAAAGAUUAAGAUAUACUACUCAAAAAUCUCGAUUACAAAAUCAAUUGAAAUUUGAAUCAGAACAAAUGAAAGAAACAAAGGAUAGAUUAAACAAACUUGAACAUACAAUCAAAACAGAAGCUGAAAAGUUGGGGACUUUUGAGACACAAAAAGAACAAUUGCUUAAAGAUAAACAAAGAAUUAAUGAAGAAAUUACAAUAAUGCAAGGGAGAAUGAAUGAAAUCAGAAAUGUGUAUGACUCCAAAACAGAAAUUGUAAAUAAUGUGAAAAAGAAAUUGUCACAAGUAUCAAAAGAAAUAGAAAGAUCUAGUAAAGAAAAUUUCAAUAAGGAAUUGGACAUUGAAAAAUUAGAGGCAGAUAAAUUUUCAAUAUUUCGAAAAUGUAAAUUAGAAGAAAUACAUUUGCCACUUUUAGUAGGAUCUCUUCAUGAUAUACCUAUUGAAGAGACUGUAGCUGGACCAAGUACCGCACCUGUUUUUGGUUGGAAUGUCCAAGUGAACUAUGAUAGUUUGAAAAGUGAAUUAAAAGAGAAUGAUGAUGAUGAUAAACUAACAAUUACAAAAGAAUUUGAAAAAAAGCUUGAUGAAAAGGCAGCAAAGAUGGAAGAAAUAGCUCCAAAUUUAAAAGCAAUUGAAAGAUUAGAUAGUAUAGAACAACGUUUACAAGAUACUGAAAAAGAAUUUGAUACAGCAUAUAAUCAUCUUGCAGAAAUUAUUGAUCGAAUUUACAAGGAUCUUACAAAAGAUAAUGUCCAAGAUGGAGGGGCAGCAUAUCUCAACCUGGAAGAUACAGAAGAACCAUAUUUGUAUGGUAUAAAAUAUCAUGCAAUGCCACCAAUGAAACGUUUUAGAGAUAUGGAACAGUUAUCUGGGGGCGAAAAGACUUUGGCAGCUUUAGCAUUGUUAUUUGCUAUACAUAGCUAUAAGCCAUCGCCAUUUUUUGUACUUGAUGAAGUUGAUGCAGCAUUAGAUAAUGCAAAUGUUGGGAAAAUAGCAAAUUAUAUUAAGGAGCACGCAAGUGACAAAUUCCAGUUUAUUGUAAUAUCUCUUAAGAGUACUUUAUAUGAAAAAGCAGAAGCACUUGUAGGAAUUUAUAGAGAUCAGGAUUAUAACAGUAGCAAGACAUUAACAUUACAACUUGAUAAGUAUCUAGAAGAAUAA